UUCCUAAAACUGACUCCAGCUAAUAACAACAAUUAAGAAUAGUAUUUUUAUUUAAUUUUCAAGAAAAGAAUUUUGCCGUUUUUACUUAAGAGUACUCGAUUGCAACAUCCUUGCUUAUCGCAAGGGUAAUUACAAUUAACAAUCAAAAUCUUCAAUUGAUUCCUUCCUAUUAUUGAGCUUUAAGGAAACUUUGAAUAAAACUUAUAUCUGGGCAUGCACCAUAUUGCUGAUUGUAAUAAAAAGUUUUUGAAUAGGUUAUCUUUCCUUUUAAAUAAAUUUUUAGACCACAGAGAAAAUUAUCCCAAAAGUUGGUUGAACAAAAAUGGGUUGUUUUUGUAAGUGUUUCACUAAAAAAGUACCUCAAAUAAUUCUUGCACAUGGGAGUAACGCUGUCGAAUUCGCGUAAAUAUCUAAAAAAAAAACAUAACUUUUUCAUGGCUAGACAUCAAAAAGCACGUUUGAAUUUUUGCCCAGAAUGUAAAACUGUAUGACGGUCACAAAGUCUUUUUGUUCCGACUUUCAAGAAAGUGCGGAACAAUUAUGCUAGUGGUUUUCUUAUUCAGUCAAUUUUCAACCUUUCAACUAGCCUUUUGAUGGAUUUUUUUUCAGCUCAAAAUUAAAAAGUUAUUCACCUGUGAUUAUUUCUUGUAAAGUAGUGGGGUUAAAAAUUCAAAGUUGUUAAUUUGACCAAUUUGGGAUAAUUAACGAGCUAUAUUUUGCAUUCUUAAGACACGGGUUAGCCGCGGACUAUUGCGUUCCAAAUUGAACAAAGGCAAUACAUUUGGUCGUAUUAUCAGGAUACAAUUAGGAUGCAAUAUUUUCAAAAAUUUUUAAAAAAUUUUGACGCUCGCCCGCUAAGAUAAUAUAGAAGAAGCGCUUUGAAAAUAACGAAUGAUAAAGAUCUAUAAAUUUGACGUAAACAGCUUGAAAAAAGUCCCUACUAAUAGACGGGUCCCUACUCCCUGGAGAAGACGAGCUGGAGAACAUUUGUAACAAGGACUAUUUUAUGUGCCCUGAAUACGAACAGUGUGCGAUAGCAUGUGAUGGCAUUGCAGAAUGUCUAACAGGAGAUUUUGACGAAAGAGAGGAGGCAGGCUGUGACAUCAAAUUAUGUGGUGAAAACCUUACGGCGACUGACCAGCCUCAGAAAUUUACUUCCCCGAAUUACCCAUCGGAAUACCUUAAUUCGCUGAAUUGUGUUUGGUUGAUCAAAUCUGAAGACCCUGAUAAAGUUAUCGAAAUAAACUUCGAGAAUCUGGAUCUAGAGGGAACUUUUAACAGAAAAUGCUACGAUUACCUUGAAUUUUUUGACGGAAAUUCAACACAAUCUGAUACUAUCAAAGUAAAAAACAAUCGGGAAGUUUGUGGCCGAGAAUUACCAGACCCCGCGUCUUACUUUUCAACCGGGUCUAAAUUGACUGUUAGGUUCACAUCCGACACAACUUCGACCACAAAAGGUUUUGUGCUAAGUUACCAAAGUGUUCCAAGGAAAACAAAAAGGCAUGUUGAUAAUCAGAACAAAGACAAGAAAUUCAUUCAAAAGGCCGAUGAAGAUUCCGACACAAAUAAUCAGAUUGAAUUGACCGAUAAAAAACGAAUACUUAAAGACGGGAAUUCCAAAACAUUCAAAAAUCAAAAACGAGCUAAGAAUUCAAAAAAACGUCAAAAACGAAGUGACAACUUGAAUAGGGUUUCUGACGGUACUGAAGAUAGCAAAGACUCCACUGAGAAUGAUUACGACAGUGAUUAUACCAAUGAUUACGAUUACAGUGGUUACGAUUACAGUUUCGAAACUGAUCACUAUUACAAGUACACGUACACGGAUUAUUUCAACUUAUACAAAGCAUCUACCUUGCCUGAUUAUUCGGAUUUCAGAAGAGCGGCUUUCUUUCACCAGCGAGUGGUCCGCCCAAACGGCCAUCAGGGACUACUCAAACUUCAAGCUCAGCAGUUUAUCAGCAAAAUUUGA